AUGUUUACUAAAGUAUUUUCGAAAUCUGUACAAUGUCUAUGGAGGCGUUUGGCAUCCUCAACAUCACGCGAAAUAAAGAUAGAUCCUGCUAAUGGACAGCUGCCCUACUCUACCACCAACAGAUGGCAUGCAGCUAUGAACUUUCUUCACAAGCCUACUGAUAUUCCUCGCUACCAUUAUCCCAUCAUGCUCACCAGUGUCCUUGUAUUUGCCAUCUACUUUAGUGUUCUUAGAGAAAGAAACGAAUAUGAUAUUAUUUUCGAACAGCCCCCACCUCCUCCACCUGCUGAAGGCUAG